GGGAGCUGUAUCCCAAUUCCCACAGGCCACAGCUGACAGCUGCAGACUGCAGUUCCGUUUCACCUCUGCAGCCGCCUCCUCCAUUCCCUCCCUCCUCGUCUCGCCCCUUUCCCUUUUCCACCCCGCCGCAGCACCGGAACCCAAAGAAGCAAGCCUCCGCCACGCGCGCGCCUCUUCCCUCCCCGCCUCGAUCCGGAUGGAGUCCGGGAGCGGCGGCUGCAGGCGACUGCGUAAGACGGAGUCGGCGGAGAUGCGGUGGGUGGUGCCGGGCGGCGCCUGCGAGGAGGACGAGAUCGAGAGCUCCGACGACGGCGGCACCGACACCCCGGCGGCCGCCUCGGGCUCCCGCGGCGGCGGGGGCUCGGACGACGACGACGGCGGCUACGAGGAGGACGAGAUGCUGCGCCAGCGCCUCGUGCGCACGGGCCCGCGCGCCGACUCCUUCGACGUAGAGGCGCUCGAUGUGCCCGGCGUGUACCGCCACCAGGUGCGCGCUCCCCCCAUCUCACCUGCUCGGUCGAACUGCCUCUUGGUUUUCGGUGCCCGCGAGGUGUUUGCGGCACUGCCUGCGCCCGCCCGCACGGCAUACUGACUCCUGCGCGCGAGGUGCUUGUGGUAUUGUCUGACGGAACGCGAUCGGACAAUGUCUCGUGCUAGGCGUUCUGCUUUUGCGCUACCGCUCGCUUGCGCUUGCGCUUGCGCGAUCUUGUGCCACCGUGGCGCUGAGGGAGACUUGAUAGGUUUGGAGUGGUAAGACCAUGAGUGCGCGAGUGUGCUUGCUGUAUGUUGGGUAGUUUGCUCUGUGCAUUUUUUUUCUUGUCUGCUAGGUAAUUUUGGUCGGUGCAUGUGUGCCAGGUGUUUGCCGCAUUAGUCCAAUGAUCCUGUAUCAAGUUGCAGCUAUUUACUUGGGUAGAUUAUUAGACUGUCAUGGGUUUUAUGUGGCUGCUGGCUGCCAGUCUGCGUGUAAGCUGAUGCGCUCUCAUUGUUGUUUAGGCUCCUAGCUGUGUCAUGUCGAUCGGCAGAUCGAUGCUUGUGGUGUUGCCUGGUUGGUUAUCACUCCUGGUUUCCUGUGUAGGUUACAUGCAGAUGAGGUACAUCUAUUGUUUCUUAGAUGCGAGUGUUCGAUUGAGCUUUUUCUUUCCAUGAAGUGCACUGGCUGUUCCAUGAUCCUCAUGUUUUGAUACUGGUAGAAACAGAUCUGGACCUUGUUCUUCAUGACAUUUAUGGUAUUUUUGCUUGAUGCAUUAAGAACCACAUUAUUUAAAUGAUGUACUUAUGAUGCACGUUAUAUGCAUUUUGAUGUGGUAUAUUGAACAAGCGCGGAAGGACCAUUUCAAAUUAGCUUUGUUCUGUUCUGUCUUUGGUUUCAUGAAUGACUUACUGGAUGCACAAUUGGUACUUGUGACACACAUUCUUUAGAUAGAUGCCAAAUUAUUUAGUUUGAUCUGCUAGUUGGUUCAAGUGCAUGGUUUUUAAGGCAGCAAGGCGAGACUAGGCGAGCAACCACCGCCUGGACGCCUAGGCACUCAUAAGGCGAGCCAAGGCGACGCCUUGUCAGCCUUGCAGAAAGCCAAACUGUACAAGGGAGAAGGAAAGAAAAAAGCAAAAGGUAAAAAGAAAAGGAGCAAAGCAUAUAAGAGUAGGGAAGCAACUAGGCAGCCCAUCUGUGACUCACAUACUAGUACUUAUCCCCGUCCAGAGUCAGAUCCAGAGGCUUCCGGAGUCCUCUCGUGUCCUCUUUCUGCCUCUCUCUUCGCUGGUUCCUCUCUCGGCCUCUCUCUCAGUUGCUCGCAUCCCCAUCUUUCUCUUCUCUCUCCGCCAAAGCCACUAGCACCGAAUCUGGCUGGGAUGGGUUGUGCGGCAGCUGCUUGGCCUUUUUGGAUUUCAUUCUUCUUCUCUUUCCUCCCUCCCUCACUGAUUUUGGCUAGGCGUUGAGGACGCCCAGAAAAUUUACCGCCUAGGCGACGCCUUUAAAACCAUGUUCAAGUGGACUUUCAGUUAUGGUUGGCUGGUUUGCCCACCCCAUAGACAGUGGAGUUAAAUACGCUAUCGAUUUUACCAGUGUUUAUAGAAAAUGGUCCGACCAUUUGAUUAGCAUCUACUAGUGCCACUAGUAUAAAUAUCCACAUAUCUAGCAAAGAGCAAACUUUUAGUUGAUAUUAUGGAUAGCCAUGUCAGGCCUUUCUCAUUGCUGUGAUCUGCUCUGAAAUAGCUUGAGCUGGAAUAACCAUGAUAAUGACAAAGGGGUUUUCUGCUAGUUUUGUCAUCAAACUGCCCCCAUAUCUAGGCCUUCUUCAGAAUUGGCCGAACACUUUGAAGCUAUGCCGGAUGUUUGGUUAUGUUGUAAAACUACUCACCUUCUCUUAUUUGAGUCGGGUGCCCUGCAAGAAUUUCGAAGAACUGCUGGAUGAUUUACUCAGUUUCCCCCCUGUUCAGAAAGGUUAACACCUCAAGAUUUCCCUUGAAAACAUGCCUCAUUUUGGAAGCCAAAGUUUGAGCGCAGAGCAAAGCUGUAUACUUGUAAGCGGCAUAAGGUUAAUGCUUAAAGAACUUUCCUGUGGGCUGAGGCUUAGGAGCACUGGCCACAAUGCCUAUAUUUUAGCCACAAUGCCUAUAUUUUAAGAUAACAUUAUCAUUCCAUGAUAGACCAGGACCUGAAAAAAUGCAUUCGAGGUGUACAUAUGGAGGUUUUGUUUUUGUUUGUGGAUCCAAUUUUGUCUGAAAGGUCCAUGUCCAGUUUGGGGAUUAAUUGUGGAAGGUGAUGGUGAGUGCUGCACUGCUCGCCUAAGUGAAAUUACUAGAACAAGUGAAUGAGGACCAUUUUAAUCUCAUGACUUUAGAGCAAUAGGAAAUUGCUGAGAGGUGAUGCAGUGCAUGAUGUGGUAGGAUCAUUUUGUCUGCAUAUUGCUAAUGUGGUGGCCUCAUAGGCAUGUUUAUCUGACCUGGUUCAGCCCAUCAGUCUGACUGGAGAAAUACUGAACUCAGCACCCUCUUAUGGGCUGAGCUGCAUCAUGUUCAUGUAUGCUCCUGUCAUUGGCCUUGCGAGACCUAGUUGAACCAGCAGUUUUUUUUCCUCAUGCCUAAGUUCCAGGAACUAUGAGAACACUGGGUUUCGAACCUGCAGUCCUGCACUGCAGCUUAAUUCAUGUCCAUGCAAACAAACUAGAGUACCAAACUAGCAGAAACUGCAUUUUUCUUAUGUGAACCUGCAUCAUGGGAUUUGAUCCAUGUCGUGGUGUGCAAACCCACGGGUGGCGUAGUGCACCCGCCUAAACCCAGAGGGUGAGUACUCGGGGGUUAGCUAGGAUUAGCCCAAUCUAGAUGCAAGAACACGAUGAACACAGCAGGUUUAGAGUGGUUCGGGCCGCCGGAGCGUAAUACCCUACGUCCACUGUGUGUUGUAUUGCUUGUGCUCUCAAGAGGUUGAGAACGGGAUUGUUCGGAGUGAAUCCGAGCUUGUGUUGUGUCUGCCUUUUGCCUGGCCUUAGAGAGUGUCGAGAGAGUCUCUUUUGUCUGAACCUGUCUGAACCUGUGUUCUAGCGGGCGUGCUCUCCCUUUUAUAUGUCCAAGGGGAGCACGUACACUGAGUGGGGUCCCGACAGGUGGGUCCGGCGAUAUAUUAUAAACUACACUUUGGCCUUCAAUGCCUCAGAUCCGGAGAUCUUGUCGUCGGCCUUCGUGCGUAGCUUCUGACCAGGGAUGGUCUUGAGCUGUCCUGUCGGAGUAGAGUCUAGCCUCUGCAGCCGCGCGUCGAGGUCAUGAUGAAGCGCCGAACUACUGACUCAGUCCACUGUAGCAGCGUGCACUGUUGCUCCUAGUCAGUAGCUGGUCAUCAUGACUCGUAGCCCAUGCGCGCGGCGCUGAGUCUUUAAUGUUUGCCUUGGUAACUGACGAGCCGCCUCGGUAACUAGCGAUCCACAGUGUGGAUUGACAAAAGCUGCCCCGUGCCCAGCGGCAGCAGAGCACGCCUCAACCACUCGCACUUAAUGCGGGUGGGUGAGGGAGCUUCCAGUUGAAGGCUUGCGCCCGCGCCCGCGUCACGCGUGACACGUGGCGGCUCCGGACCCCUCCCGAUCAGCUAGCAGCCGGGAGCUCACGGGGGUCCGGAUAGGCACGUGGAGGUCGGUCCGGGUCCGCGGCCACAGGUGCUGAGCAUUUCCACCUCUGGGACACGUGGUGACACCGGACCCAUCCCCGAGCGGGAAGCGGGUCCGGGACCGUUGGUCCGGUGAGAUGGAGUCGGACCACAGGGGUCCGGCUGCUCAGCUCCUUAGGGCGUAGUUACGGAUAACUACGCGAGUCUUGGCACAGUAGGAGUGGGUACCCCAGUUGCAGGGUGCCGACAAUCCACUACUUCGACCAAAGACCUGGAAUUUACCAUAGGCAGGAGUAUUGUGCUGACUCUUCAGACGCUAGGUGUUGUCUUUGGGGAUGUUGGUACCAGCCCACUGUAUACCUUCGAUGUAAUGUUCAACAAAUACCCUAUUACUACAAAGGAGGAUGUGCUCGGAGCACUCUCACUUGUAAUAUACACCCUCAUUCUGAUACCAUUUCUGAAGUAUACCAUGAUUGUUUUGUGGGGAAAUGAUGAUGGAGAAGGUGGAACAUUUGCUUUGUAUUCGCUAAUAUGCAGAAAUGCGAAGGCAAGUCUGCUUCCUAACCAACUACCUUCUGAUACCCGUAUAUCAAGUUUCAAUCUGAAGGUGCCUUCAGUGGAGCUCGAGAGGUCCUUGAAGAUCAAGGAGCGUCUUGAGACUUCAUCUAUGCUAAAGAAGCUGCUGUUGAUGCUUGUUCUAUUUGGUACUUCGAUGGUGAUAGCAGAUGGUGUUGUCACACCGGCAAUGUCAGUUAUGUCUGCUGUUAAUGGAUUGAAGGUUGGAAUAUCUAGUGUUAAUGAAGGUGAAGUGGUCAUGAUCACUGUUGCGUUUCUUAUUGUUCUCUUUAGUCUACAACGGUUCGGAACGAGCAAAGUGGGGCUUGCUGUUGGGCCUGCCUUGUUCAUAUGGUUUUGCUGCCUUGCUGGGAUAGGAAUUUAUAACAUCAGAAUAUAUGGUUCACAAGUAUUACAUGCAUUCAAUCCUUUGUAUAUAUACUAUUAUUUUGAAAGAAAUCCCACUCAAGCUUGGAUGUCCCUUGGAGGCUGUCUUUUAUGUGCAACAGGAUUGGAGGCGAUGUUUGCUGAUUUAUGCUACUUCUCUGUUAGAUCUGUUCAGCUUACCUUUGUGUUUCUUGUUCUUCCAUGCCUUUUACUGGGAUAUCUAGGGCAAGCUGCGUUUCUUAUGGAGAACUUAACUCAAAGUCAGCAGGUCUUCUUUUUGUCCAUUCCAAGUCAGGCAUUUUGGCCAGUUGUAUUCAUAGCUACUUUGGCUGCACUAAUUGCUAGUCGGGCAAUGACAACUGCUAUUUUCUCAACGAUAAAGCAGGCAACAGCUCUUGGCUGUUUUCCACGCCUCAAGAUUAUUCACACCUCUAGAAAGUUCAUGGGCCAAAUAUACAUUCCGGUGAUGAAUUGGUUCUUGCUGGUUUCUUGUCUAGCAUUUGUUACAGUAUUUGGGAGCAUAAAUGAGAUUGGCAAUGCGUAUGGCAUUGCAGAACUUGGGGUCAUGAUGAUGACAACAGUCCUGGUAACCAUUAUAAUGCUUUUGAUAUGGCAGGUGAACAUCAUUGUAGUUCUAUGCUUUCUUACCCUCUUCCUGGGGCUGGAGUUAUUUUUCUUUUCUUCAGUUUUGGGAAGUGUAGCAGAUGGAAGUUGGGUUCUUUUGGUAUUUGCCGCUGUACUGUAUUUGGUAAUGUACAUAUGGAACUAUGGUACCAAAUUGAAGUACGAAACUGAGGUCAAGCAAAAGCUUUCAAUGGAUUUGUUGAUGCAGCUAGGCUGCAAUCUUGGUACAGUUAGAGCACCUGGAAUUGGAUUGGUUUAUAAUGAACUGGUCAGGGGGGUUCCAGCAAUCUUUGGUCAGUUCCUCACCACACUGCCAGCCAUGCAUUCAAUGAUUAUUUUUGUCUGCAUCAAAUGGGUUCCAGUUCCAGUUGUGCCUCAAAAUGAGAGGUUUCUCUUUCGUCGGGUCUGCCCAAAGAAUUACCAUAUGUUCCGCUGCAUUGCUAGGUAUGGGUACAAGGAUGUACGCAAGGAGAACCCGCAAGCGUUUGAACAGCUUCUGAUAGAAAGCCUUGAAAAGUUCAUACGCCGAGAGGCCCAGGAACGCUCUCUUGAGAGCGAUCAUAAUGAUGACACAGACUCUGAAGAGGAGAUUGCAUCUUCGUCAUCAAGAGUCCUUGUUGGCCCCAACGGUAGCAUCUACUCACUCGGGGUUCCCCUCGCUGAGUCUGCAGGCACUGUCAACUCAGCCCUGGGAUCAAGCGCUUCAUUUGACGGAUCAAGCCUGGACAACGAGCUCUCUUUCAUCCACAAGGCGAAGGAAUCAGGCGUGGUGUACCUUCUAGGGCACGGUGACAUCAGGGCCCGGAAGGAGUCGUUCUUCCUCAAGAAGCUGGUGAUCAACUACUUCUACGCCUUCUUGAGGAAGAACUGCAGGCAGGGCAUCGCGACGCUGAGCAUACCCCACACCAGGAUGAUGCAGGUGGCAAUGCAGUACAUGGUCUAGGACCUAUACAUCCUCCCUUACAUGAUACUAACUCGCGGCGGUAGACAACGAAAGGUGCGAGCGAGAGGUGUUCGGAGCUGCUUUCCAUUUUGAUAGAAUCAGCACUAACCGAUCUCCUUUUUCCGAGAGGUGAUCAAAAGUUCAAAACUGAAACUGGACCCGUUUCGCGGAUGGAAAUAUGGUAUUAUAUAUGAGGCGAAACACCAUUUCUCUGUGAAGCAAAUACUGCA